AUGCCCGCCCCAGGCCGGCCGCCGCCUCCGGCCUCGCCACGGCAGUACUCCGGCCUCCUCGGCGCGCUCCACCACUGCAUCUCGGGCGGCAACGCCCCCGCCGCCGUCUCCCUCCUGCCCACCCUCGCCCGCGCCGGCCUGCGCGCGCCGUUCCCGCUCCUCUCCUCCCUCGCGGGCCUCCUCCUGCUCCGCCCAGCCGCGCCGUCCUUCCCCUCCCUGGCUGGACGCCUCCUCCUCUACGUCCGCCUCGCGGGCCUCAAGCGCCUUGUCCCCUGCUCCACUCAGCUGGCUGACCGCCUCCUGUCGCUGCACUUCCUCCUCGGCCGCCCCGCCGACGCCCGCCGGCUGUUCGCCAAAAUGCCCCGCCCCAGCCUCCACUCCUACAACGCCAUGCUCGCGGGGUACGCGCGCCUGGGGCUCGCGGCGCCCGCUGCCGAGGUCUUUGCCAACAUGCCACACCGGGAGCUCGUCUCCUACAAUGCUGUUAUGCUUGCGCUCGGGCGCGGCUGUGAAGCGCGUGCAGCCGUGGAGCUGUACUCCAAUCUCCGGAACACGUACCCUUCCCUUGGGUACAGCCAUCGCACCUUCAUCGCGCUCCUUGGGGCCUGUGCCGAGCUCAUGGACAGCGAGCUUGCCACGCAAUUCCAUGGCCAUUUGGCGGUUCUCGGGUUCCUAUCUGAUGUCAGCAUUGCCAGCUCUCUUCUUGAUGUGUACAGCAAAUGCGGUUGCACUGAUGAUGCUAGGAAUCUGUUUGACGAAAGGCCUACCAAAGAUUUGCGUAUGUGGACAACAAUAGUUUGUGCCUGUGCUGAAGAUGGCCAAUUGGCUACUGCUCGUGAGCUAUUUAAUCAGAUGCCAGAGAAGAAUGUAUUUUCAUGGAAUGCCCUCGUCAAGGGAUAUGUUUGCCACGGGAAGCCUGUGGAAGCACUGAAUAUGUUCCAACACUUGAUGAGGGAAGGUUUGCAGCCAGAUCAAUUCACCUUUGCUAGUUGUCUGAGUGCAUGUGCAGCUAUGCCUAUGCAUUCACUGAAACUUGGGCAGCAGAUCCAUGGAAUGUUGCUAAGAAGUGGCUUUGAUCGAAGUGUAAUGAUCAUUAGCUCACUCAUUGACAUGUAUUCAAAAUGUGGCUAUUUGGAUGGUGCCAUACAGGUGCUUGGUGGACUAACAGGUAGGGAGAGGAAGAGUGCUAUGUUGUGGAAUGGCAUGUUGUCUGCUCUAUGCCAUCAUGGGCAUGCACAGGAUGCGAUUGGAUUCUUUGUUCAGAUGAUUCAUGAGAGACUGAAGCCUGAUGCUAAUACAUUCUUCCUGGUUUUGACAGCUUGCUGCCAUUGCAGCCUAGUUGAAGAGGGGAUGAAAUUCUUUGAUUUGAUGAAUGAGAGAUACAGGAUUGUGCCAGGACAAGACCAUUGUUUGUGUAUGGUGGAUUUGGUUAGCCACGCAUCACCCGAUGAUAAAGUAGUUGAAUGGAUCAAAAGCUCACCGUUUAGUUUUAACGAAAGAUUUUGGGAGAUUUUGGUUAGGAGUUGCACCAUACAUGGGAACAGAGAAUUGUUGAAUAAGGUAGAGAAGCAACUGGGCAAAUUGGAUCAUCCAGAGUAA